AUGCCAUCCCGUGAGUUUUGGGGACAGCUGAGGAUAUCACUGAAGGCUGAGGACUGGGGCUUUGGAGCUCCUCAGAAACCCGUCUCGGUGGAAGUUAGGAAGAUCACCCUACUUGAUCCUUUGCGAGGACUGGCUCGAGAAGACGGUGCGAAGUACCUGAGAGUUGAGCCGACCCGCCUACUAUUUUCUGUAGAAAAUGCGGCAACCCCCCAAAUCUUUUAUGUCCUGCCGUGGAGUCCUGGUGUGAUUGUUGGGAGUGAAGGCUUGUCUCAGCCUCAGUCUUCAGUACACCUUGGUGCUUUUUCUAUCGAGCUUGAAGCGAUUUCUGAGGACCCGGCUUGGUCGUCGAGCGCUGUAGUGUUUGAUCUCCCUUCUCCCGCACUUGCACCGGGAAUAAGCUUAGGCACUCUUCCUGGGCUUAAUGACCUUACUGUGUACGUCAAGGAUGGCGAUACGAACGAAAUACUGACUGGCUUUCCUCAACAGCAGCUUGUUCGAGAGGGGGAAGCGAUUGCCUACACACUGCGACUCUCCGCCUGCCCUCUUGAAAAUGAAGAAAUAGCGGUUCGCAUUCACGGCGAUCGCAGCGGUGGAUAUUCUGUACAGCCAGAGCUUCUGCAAUUUACUGCAAGCAAUUGGCAGGAGGAACAGACAGUUUCGCUGACCAUUGACCAGGAUGACAUUGCUCCUUCUGGAGAUGAAUUAUCUCUCGAAGGAAGCACUGUCGGGAACGUUAUCCGAACCCUGGUGCUGCGGCACGAAGUUUCCAGCAGCGAGGACAGCGUCUGGCGUAUGCGGGGUGGCAAAGAUGUGGCCUUUUCUGUCUGGGACGAUGACAUUGCUGGGGUUGAAUGGGCAGCGAAUGCAAGCAACCUCAUUCAAUCUGAGAAUUUUACACUGGCAUUUCGACUUCGGUCUCAACCAGUGGCGGAAGUUGCCCUGCAGCUACAAUGCGAAGGGACUCAAAUUGUUGCCCAGUUGGACCGUAAUGAAACGUUACUAGUUGACACCCCACAGCUGGGGAAGGUUACCGUCCAGCCCGCAAAGUGGCAAACAGAACACGAGUUUUUGUUGCGUCUAAAAGCUAUUGAAGAAACACCCGAGGGAGUCGUAACUCAAAAUGGCGAAAACGGCGCAAUAUUUCACACUUCCUGUAGCUUGAAAGCAGUGUCCGACGAUCCAAACUAUGAUACCGCCGCAUCUCAAGUCAAAGUCUAA